UUCCCAGCCAAUUAAAUUAAUGUAUUGCACAUCCUCACUAAAAGUUUAUUUUAUUUUAUACCCAUUGGACAACUGUGAAAAGGAUGCCCAGUAGACCACCUCAAUUGUGGGUCACCUAGUCCUUGCUUCAUGAUGUGUCUUCAGUGGGCCUAGCACCCUCUAGAGAUGAGAUGUUGAUCUGUCUGAGGCUUGUUUAAGAUUAUUUAAAAUUAUCUCUCCAAAGUAUCCCUCAGAAUUGUACUAGAAUUGUCAGUUACAUUUUUGACAGCAGGUGGGUAUACAAGGAAAGGUUAGAAUGUCUUUGAAAAUACCACACACACUGAUGCACACACGCACCAAAUAAAUUAUGAACAAACAAGCAUUUCUCUACUGUUAUCUAUAAGACUUACUCCCUCUGCAUGUGGUUAGACUUUCUUUGUUUGGGUUUUGUAAUUUUUUACUCCAUAUUGUGUCAAAACCAGCUUUCACUUCCCUUGCAGUACAGUGCACAAUAGAUAGGGCAGGCUUCUUUGUGUCCACACAGAUUCUUUCCUUUGCUGAGGGUAGGCGGAAACUGAGGCGCUUGAUCUGAAUUCUAAAGGGGCUUGUUGGAUCUAAUAAAAGCAGCUAUUGUAUGUAAAUUAUUCACACAAGAGCAUAUGACUCCGACUGUGCAGGGCAGUGGCUAGUGUGAGAGAAAUCAUUAGCAAUGCAAACGCAUGGUGUUCUGGUUCACAGAUUCACUAAUGGGAAGAAAUCCAUCUAUACCGAUGGUAACUCAAUUGUUUCUGGGCGUGUUUGUGCACUACUUCUACUGAAGACCUGGAAUCGAAAAUGAACUGGGCGUCCUUUUAUGCCGUCAUCAGCGGUGUAAACAGACACUCCACUGGCAUCGGUCGCGUCUGGCUCUCUGUUCUUUUCAUUUUCCGUAUCCUGGUCCUGGUGGUUGCAGCAGAGAGUGUGUGGGGUGACGAGAAGUCCGGCUUCACCUGUAAUACCCAGCAGCCCGGCUGCAACAGCGUCUGUUAUGACCACUUCUUCCCCAUCUCACAUAUCCGUCUGUGGGCCCUGCAGCUAAUUCUGGUGUCCACCCCAGCCCUGCUGGUGGCCAUGCAUGUGGCCCACCGCCGACACAUUGACAAGAAACUCUACAAGCUGUCUGGCCGGGCCAACCCCAAGGACCUGGAGCAAAUAAAGACCCAGAAGAUGAAGAUUGCGGGUGCACUUUGGUGGACAUACAUCAUCAGCCUCUUCUUCCGCAUCAUCUUUGAGGUAACCUUCAUGUACCUCUUCUACAUGAUCUACCCUGGCUAUAAGAUGAUCCGGCUGGUCAAGUGUGACUCGUACCCCUGCCCCAACACAGUGGACUGCUUUGUGUCCAGGCCCACAGAGAAGACCGUCUUCACUGUGUUCAUGCUGGCUGUGUCAGGGAUCUGCAUCCUGCUCAACAUCGCAGAGGUCGUCUUCCUAGUGGGAAAGGCCUGUAGUAGGCACUUAAGCAAUGCUGGAGACUCAACCAUGGGAGCAUGGAUCACCCAAAAGCUCUGCUCCUACUAGAACAAGCUAAAGGGACCAACACUGUAACUGUAAUUGGGCACAUAUGUUCAAAGCAAUGGCCUUAACAACAUUAAUUAAUGAGGUGUUCACACUUUUUCUAUACUUUUCAAAUAGAUAUGACUCAAAGGACAAUUUCAGUUUGGAUAUAGAACAAAAUCCAGAAGAGGAGACUGAAGAAAAGUAUGGUAACCUGAUUUAUUAACAGUCCCUUACCUUGUAACGUCUCAAAUUUAGCUGAAUUCAAUAUGCAGUCACCUUCGAUAUGCUCUGCAAGAUUCAAGCAACUAAACCGACUCAUCAUCCAUUCUGUAUUAUGAUUCAUAAAUAGUUUUCAAUUCCUGAUAGACAUUUUAAUCACUGAUAAUGUGGUAUCAUUAGGACAAAGCAUUGGUACCCCUGGUUUAUUAUAAAUAGUAACCCAAGAAAACUGUCAAAGUGAUGAAUUUAACCAACAUUUGGUGGUUGUGGUGGAGUAUUACUAAUAACUAUGAGGCUAUUCCAAAGCACUACUAAUAACUACCUCACUUUCAUAGUGAAAUAUCAAGUGCUUCAAGACAUCCACAUAGUGUUUUGAAUGCUAUGAAUGAGACUGAUUAUGCAAGUGUAUAGAGUAAAAUAGAAUAGUGAAUGAGAAAAUGUGCUUAGUUGAAGUUAAAAUGAAAGAACCAAAUGAUUAAUUUUCAUGUCUAUCUCAUUAUUUUUCUUACUAGAUACUGCAUUGCUGAUUUAAAACUAUUGUGUGUGUGAGAGAAAGGAUGUUUAGAAUUUGUGGUACUGUAAAGUGUUUACUUCACAUAUAAGGGAUUACAAAAACGGUAACUGUAAUCCGUUACAUUACCAGCAAAAAAUAUUGUAAUCAGAUUACAGAUACUUUUGAAAAACUAGAUGAUUCAAUUAAAUUAAAUUCAGAAGAGAUUUGAGAAGAAAUCACUUCUCUGUUUUCUCAAUGACAUUCAAAUAAACAUUGAAAAAAGGCGCAAAUGUAAGUUUGUUCCACAUGAGCGAGUCUGACCAGAAGUCAGAUACCACUAAUGAUAACAAACCAAAUGGGUUUGAUGGAUCGCUGUAAAAGAGCAGGAACAGGCUUUUGUAGGCUACAGUCCAAGCUAUGUCUUCCAAUGGUGCAAUUUCUGUCGGCAUCCAAAGAUUAUCUAACUUGAAUAAACGUUUGGAGGUAAGGAUGACAGCAGUGGUGUAGUCUACUGCGAUACGGAUCUCACAAACUAUUGUUAUCUGCGUAGCGCAUUGAUGUGAAUCACACUGCUGCUCUCUUAUUUAGCUAUUUGCGUUUUACGGAUUGUGGUUGUUGUGGAUGGCUGUUCGCAAAUCUAAAUGUGUAUUUGAACCCAAUAAUGGUUGAAUUUAAGAAGUUUAAGCUGCUUAUCAAUCAUUGUUUUUGAAAACAGUGGACCGCCAGUGAAAAAUGCGCUCUCCAUGUGAAUCCAAAAUAUUACCUUGUUUUUCUCCAAUGUUUGUAAAACAUUGUAAAUGUAAACAAAUGCUUUAUAGCCUCAUAACAUGGUUAAAACAAUAAUUGUAUAUCAUGGGUGGUCAGUCCUUGCAUCCAUAGCUCUUGUCUAUUAAUCUGAGCAUGGUUACAUUUCUCCAGGCCCAUCCCUCAUCUUUUUACCAAAACUGAGGCGGGAUGCACGGUUGGUUAUUGUUUCAUCUGUGAAUUUGCACUUUGAACAGCUGCAUAUUAUCAAGAUAUCAAAGUGUCACCAACAAAAAAAUAAACAAUAGACCUGUAGCAAAUGCAGCAUAUGGCAUUUAUUUUUAACAUAUAAAUAGCACUUUUCAGUAGUGCUCAAAGCAUGCAAUUUCAUGAGCGCAGCAUUUAUUUUUAAAUUUAAA